GUCGUAAGUCGCAGAUUUCAUGGAACUGUCGUCGUCGAAGCGUGCGUCUUUCACCGUGCCGGGCGCGCGCGACUCGCGCUCACUGAUUAUGCAAUUGAGCCGUGAUGUUUCGCGACCGCGAACGGCGGCUCCGAUGUCGUCUGCGGAACGAAGAGAUUGUCGCGGACAAUUAUGAUUAGAAUGGCGGGUGCUGUGUACAUAAUUGGACUCUUGUUGUUGGGAGAAACAACAAGUUGGACAAUUGACAUCAUACCUAACAUAACUGUACAUAUGAAUCAUGUAAUCUCAGUUCCAUGCAGCAUACAUGAUAUGCCAUCCGAUUUAACAGAGUGGAACAUUACUGCUGAUGAUAAUAUCGCAAUACCGAGAUAUGAUAUAUUAACGUUAAACAAAACUUCCAAAAAUGGUGUUCUAAAUAUCACUGGUGUGUUCCUUGGUAGAACAAAAUUAACAGUUAAUUUGAUGAAAUAUAAGAUUAUAGACAGCCGGGAGGUCUCUCUUAUUACGGUAAUACGAGAGGAACGCAUAAUAGAUUCUGUAUUUACUAUUAGUGUUGCGAUUCUUGUAUCCAUUUUAUAUAUUAAUUUUGGCUGUGCCAUGAACUGGAGUACAUGCCGUGCUACGUUAAGAAGACCAAUAGGUCCAGCCAUAGGUUUUUUCUGUCAAUUUUUAAUCAUGCCGUUGUUAAGUUAUCUCAUUGGAUAUCUUUUAUUUCCUGAUCGUCCUGAACUGCAAAUAGGCAUGUUCUUCACAGGGAUAAGUCCAAGCGGUGGCGCUUCGAAUAUCUGGACAGUAUUACUUGACGGCAAUCUGAAUCUUUCAAUCACAAUGACCACUAUGUGCACCAUCGCAGCAUUUGGAAUGAUGCCAUUUUGGAUUUUUACAUUGGGCAGAAAUAUUUUCUCACAAGGACAAAUUCCAGUUCCUUAUCGUCAUAUUGGCACUCUCGUAAUUGGUCUCAUAAUUCCACUAGCUAUAGGAUUUUUCAUUCAACGAAAACAUCCAAAUGUAUCCAAGAUAUUAGUCCGAAUAAUGAAACCUUUCUCUGUUAUUUUAAUUUUGUUCAUCAUUAUAUUUGCUAUCGUGACUAAUCUAUAUCUUUUCAAAUUGUUCUCAUGGGAGAUUAUAAUUGCAGGAAUGGGUUUGCCAUGGUUAGGUUUUACAUUUGGGCUCAUAACAGCAUAUAUCUGCAACCAGCCUCAAGCUGAUAUACGAGCAAUUGCCAUUGAAACUGGUAUUCAGAACACAGGCGUGUCUAUUUUUUUGUUACGAUUUACAUUGGAACCACCCAUUAACGAUCUAACCACUGUGAUUCCUGUGUCUGCCGCAAUUAUGACACCAAUACCAUUAGCAAUUCUAUAUAUAAUAAAAUUAAUUUACCAAGAUUGUAGACAAAAAAAAUAGCUAAAACGGCUACAUUGCAGUCUGUCCCGUCGUUAGAAAAGCUCCAAAGAACUACGACUACUAUGAAUCACUACGAAGAUAUUUCUACUAUAUCACACAAUUAAAUGAACCUAAAUUAAUUGACCGUGCAGAACAAUAAUGAGCAA